GGAAAUCCAUGGAAGUCUACACAAACGAGUCUGAAAUCGUGUGGGAUCAAGAAACCCAUUGGUUUUUCGACAUUUAUAUAAAAACAAAAUGGGACACCUCUACACAAAUCACGGCUAAUUUGGUGGCAAUCUAACAUGACUCUGUUCCAAUUUUUUCAAAUACCCAGCAACCUCGUAAGAAAACUUCAACAUCCUCCUACUAUAUAUGCACACUCACACACACCUCAUUUCUACAGUUACAAUUAAUUAUCUGCUAAUCAUUCAAUGGCUUGUCCCAAUUUUCCUUUGCUAUUUAUCGCAUUCAUCAUCUUAAGCAACAGCUUAGCUUCUACUGCAGUCCCACUUGACCGAAUGCUCGACAACGGCAACUUCGAAGAGGGGCCCAAGCCUGCCGACCUCCGGAAAAGGAGGAUCGUCGGGACACACGCCCUCCCCAAGUGGGAAACCAGUGGCAUCGUGGAGUACGUGUCGGGCGGGCCCCAGCCUGGCGGGUUCUACUUAAGCAUCCCGCGUGGGGCCCACGCGGUGAGGCUCGGGAACGAGGCCUCCGUGUCGCAGUACGUGCGGGACCUGAAGCCGGGCUCCGUCUACACCCUGACCUUCGGAGCCACGCGCACGUGUGCGCAGGACGAGGUGCUCAGGGUGUCGGUUCCCGGGAUGUCGAGCGACCUCCCGAUACAAACGUUGUACAGCACGGAUGGUGGGGACACGUACGCGUGGAGCUUUAGGGCACGAUCGAGCGUGGUCAAUGUCACGUUCCACAAUCCCGGGACGCAGGAGGACCCCACGUGCGGGCCCUUAUUGGACGCGAUCGCGAUCAAGGAGAUGCUGCCCCUCAGAUACACAAGAGGGAACUUGGUGAAAAAUGGGGGCUUUGAGAAUGGGCCCCACGUGUUCAAAAACUUCUCAACUGGCAUCCUCGUCCUCCCCAAACGCCAGGACCUGUACUCACCCAUCCCUGGGUGGAUAGUCGAGUACCUCAAGCCAGUCAAAUACAUCGAUUCCAAACACUUCAACGUGCCUUCGGGAAUGGCGGCAGUUGAGUUAGUGGGUGGUCGAGAGACAGCCAUAGCACAAAUCAUCAGGACACAGCCGAAUAAGUGGUACAACCUGUCGUUCACGAUUGGGGAUGCUAAGAAUGGAUGUCAUGGGACGAUGACUGUUGAAGCCUUUGCUGGUACCAAGAGUUUGAAAGUCCCAUUUACAUCCCAAGGAAAAGGGUGGUUCAAGACAGUGACUAUGAGGUUUCAGGCGGUUUCAGCUAGAACUAGGAUCACAUUCUACACCCCGUUUUAUCAUACCAAACUGCAAGAUUACGGGCACAUGUGUGGACCUGUUUUGGAUGAUGUUAAGGUUGUUCCAGUUGCUUAGUUCACUUGGAAAAGAAAACGAAAAAAAAAAAAAAUUCAAAAUGACCCCUGGUUUUCAUUAGGGAUUUCCACGUUUUGAAAUUGUUUUAAAGGGAAUGAAUAAGUUGAUUGGAAUUCUAAGAAGUUUGUGUUCUGGUUGUUCUUGGUUUUUUUUGGAAGCUUUUGGCCCUUAUGCUUGGAGCAAUUAAUUACACAAGAAACACGGAGAAGUUUCUAAUUAUACAGCAACAAGAUAGUACAGUAGCCUGUAUUAAUAAUAUCUUUAUGUAAUUAUGUCCAUUGAUACAAGCAGCUUUUCGAGCUAAUCACUAUUCGCCAAGUUUACAAGUAUUCUGAUAUCAAAACAUCAAUUCCACAAUUACGAGUAAUCAAAGUACCCAUAC